AUGGCUAAUUUUCCAUACAUACACAGUCAUAUGUCCUCUCCUUUGAGUUUGGUUUUGACCUCGGUUGCUAUGGUUACGGAAGUGCCCCCGCGCAGCAGACACAUCUGUGCAGACAUGGCAGUGCAGAGCUGGAUUCAGACGCUGAAAUCGUCGAGGAAAACAGCACUAAUACACGACGGAAAAAGGAAGAUUCACUACCUCUUCACAGAUGGCAAAGAAAUGGCAGAAGAGUAUGACUUGAAAACAGAUGAGCUCAUUGAAAGAAAGUGGCGAAAUAAGAGCACACUUGGAGCUCAGGGCCAAUGGCAGGUGGAGGUUGGGGAGCCUCUGGCAAACCCCGUCGCAUCCGUGGACUCCGGUGUGAUGAAGGAGCACUGCUCGAAUCCUGUGUUCAUGCGCAGAGACACAAAGAGCAGCUUUCAGUGGAGAAUCCGAAACCUUCCCUAUCCCAAAGAUGUCUUCAGCGUUUUAGUGGACCCAUCAGACAGAUGCAUCGUCAUAAAAACCUCAAACAAAAAGUAUUAUAAGAAGUUCAGUAUUCCUGAUCUAGAGCGCAGUCAGUUGCCAUUUGACUGCUCUGCCCUCAGCUUCACUCACGCCAAUAACACUUUGAUUGUCAGCUACAAGAAACCCAAAGAGAUCUUAACCCUUGAGCAGGAGCUACUGAAGGAGCUGAAGAAACUGAAGGGAACUGGAGAAGGGGACGCCGACUGCAAAACUCAGUGAAUUGUGACGGUGGGAGCGGGAGAUUAGUUCUGCGUCGCAUUUAAAGCAGAAACUAAAUUUCCAGUCACAUGUGAGCUCUCAUUUAUUUUCCUAUAGUGAGCCCCUUCCCUCAGAAGACCUUCUCUCAGUGCCUUGUUUGUGGCUUAAUGCGUCUCAUUUUGUUUCCCAACUUGUGGUCCAUUUAUGAGUUGUUAGUGUCUAAAUUUGUCCUAUUUUCAAUAAAGUAUGUUACAAGUGUU